AUGUUCGACGCAGAUUUACGGAAGGAGGAGGAGGCUGUACUCGUUGCAGCCUCUCGGUUCCAUGGGGACCCAGCACUCUCCUCUCCAGGCAGCGUAGUCCGUCGCGAGGCAGAUGCUGAAAUCACCAAGGAUAACCAGCUUGUCUGCCAUCGGCGGAGGGACGUGAAGGUCCUCGCACAGUAUGUUCUGCGACUCGUCGGAGCUUGUCAUUCUGGGGGCGUAGGCGUUGAUGAUGAUGAUGAUGAUGAUGAUGAUGAUGAUGAUGAUGAUGAUGAUGAUGAUGAUGAUGAUGAUGAUGAUGAUGAUGAUGAUGAUGAUGAUGAUGAUGAUGAUGAUGAUGAUGAUGAUGAUGAUGAUGAUGAUGAUGAUGAUGAUGAUGAUGAUGGCGAAUUAGGUUCCCCGAAGAGGCAAGUGCAGGGUCAUGAGGCGGUCGUGGAUGCACUGCGGCAGACAGGGCAGUCGUCCCUCGAUGUCGUUCCGAAUGGCAAAGGCGACGCCCGCGUCCCACCUCUCUACCUUCGGACGGCUACUCAAGAAGAACGUGUAAUCUGCAUCCACCUCCUCCAGCUGACCCUGUUCAGAGAAUCGGGUGUCACUGAGAGGAGUCAUGUCCGCCUUGAACGAUCAGCGCCAUCCUUCUUUCCGGCUGGCAGCUCCUCGAACUGUCUAAAAGAGUGA